UGACUUCGGCACAUGCGCGAGCCGAAACAGAUAGUAAAGCUUUGAGUUACCGCUUGCAGUUCUGAAAUGUUUUCGCUUUUUUAUUUUAUUUUAUCUCAGUAAAAGGAUUGAAUAACAUAAAACAAAAAUAAAAACAUCGUUUUAUUUUCCACUUUUCGCGCACAAUGGCAAAAGGACAGGACGCCACAUCGUACGCCGGGACUUUGCAAACACUCAAACCUCAAAAAGACAUCAGCGAGACGGUGAAAAAGCAAAAACCUCAGCUGUCUGUAUGCAAUAAACUUUGCUUUGCUUUUGGAGGAGCUCCUUAUCAGAUUACAGGCAGUGCGCUGGGCUUCUUCCUCCAGAUGUUCCUGCUAGAUGUGGCACAGUUGGACCCCUUAAAUGCCUCCAUCAUCUUGUUUGCGGGGAGGGCCUGGGAUGCCAUCACUGACCCGACUGUGGGGUUCCUGGUGAGCCACAGUAGAUGGACCAGGGUGGGUCGCAUGAUGCCAUGGAUCCUCUGCUCCACUCCGUUCGCAGUGUUGACAUACUUCUUGAUUUGGUACGUGCCUCAUUUUGAAGAAGGGAAGGUCCUCUGGUUUCUGGUAUUUUACUGCCUCUUCCAGUCUAUGCAAACGUGCUUCCAUGUGCCAUAUUCAGCCCUCACCAUGUUUAUCAGCACCAAACAGGAGGAGCGGGAUUCCGCCACAGCAUAUCGGAUGACGGUGGAGCUCUUGGGUUCCAUGCUGGGCACUGCGAUCCAAGGACAGAUUGUUGGUAGCGUCUCGACGUGUCCUGUUGAUGAUGACAAUGAUGAUUACAAGAACAGCACAAUCCCACCAACAGUCAAUAGAACCAUAACCUCACUAGAGGAAUCAAAAAAAGCGUAUAUGAUUUCUUCAGGAGUCAUCUGCAUCAUCUACAUCCUGUGUUCUGUGAUCCUGUUUUUGGGUGUGAAGGAGCAGAAAGAGUGCGUAAAGAGAAAGUCAAAGCCGCUCACUUUCCGCCAGGGCUUGAAGCUGGUCGUCAGCCACGGACCAUAUGUCAAACUGGUCUCUGCCUUUCUCUGCACAACUCUGGGUUUCCUGUUAGUGGAAGGAAACUUCAGUCUUUUCUUAUCAUAUGCUCUUGGCCAGAGGAAAGACUUCCAGAAUAUUCUCCUGGUGAUUAUGCUCUCUGCGGGUCUAACCAUUCCAUGGUGGCAGUGGUUUCUGACCAGGUUUGGGAAGAAGACUGCAGCUUUCUGCGGGAACCUGUGGGCUAUUCCCUUCAUCAUCCUAAUCGUUUCUGUCAAGAGCAACCUGGCUUUGUCAUACGUGGUGUCUGUGGCGGCUGGCAUGAGCGUGGGAGCGUCUUUCCUCCUGCCUUGGUCAAUGCUUCCCGAUGUGGUGGAUGACUUCAAAGUCACCAAUCCAAAUGUUCAUGGCCAUGAAGCAGUCUUCUACUCUUUCUAUGUUUUCUUCAUCAAAUUUGCCUCUGGCUUAUCUCUGGGUAUUUCUACUCUCUGUCUAAAAUUUGCUGGAUAUGUGACCGGAAACUGCUUUCAGCCAGAAUCUGUCAGUACAACUCUGAAAGUGCUGGUCUCUGCAUUUCCCAUAGCUCUCAUUAUUGUGGGGUUGUUGAUAUUAAGGAUGUACCCCAUCGAUGAGGAAAGGAGGCAAAGCAACAGCAAAGUACUGCAGGCCAGCCUAGAAUCUGAGUCCGAAACCCAAGAACUUGGCAGCAUUGCGUAGCGUGAGAGGACAGACGACAGACACCAGCAGAAAAGGAGACUGAUGAGAUCAGCAUUAACACAAGUGCUGAUCUGCGUUCAUGGGCAUCUAUAGCUCCAUAGUGCCACCUAGUGGAAUCUUUGUAUAAAGUAAACAUUUCUGGACACUUGUGAGAAACAAGUUCAAGUGUUUUUGCAGCAUCAGAUCCAAAGCUUUUCUUUUCAUUUUCAACUCUUCUGUUUUAAAGCUUUUAUCUGGCUCAAACAUGCCAAACAUACAAGUUUUCCCAAAGAUUUAAUGUUUACUCUGAGAAUCCACAAGGCUUUGGUUUGUGUUUCAGGGCAUUUCCUUUUGGGAACCCCAGUUUUCCACCUGCUUUCCCAUCAUCUCCAUGUUUUUCCCCUAGUGUGGUUGCGUUACACCAUCAGUGCCUGCAGCUACAGCCUUGUCUGUUGCUAAUGUGACUCAAGACGUUUUAUUGUUUGAGAUCUGAUUUGCACUCAAGGAGAAAAAAAGGUGAGAUUUUACCAUUUGAUGCUGCAUUCAUCUAAGCAUUUAUGCAUUGAUCCACUAAGUGGAGUUGUAUGUCAUUACAAAAUCACUUUUUUUUGUUGUUUUUGUUCAAUUUGGCAGAAAGUAAGAUAAACUUUUAGUCUGCACUUGAAGUUAUAGUCACAUGAUGCAGAAUUGUUUCAUAUUUAAAUGUGACUCAAAGCAUCAUGUUUGUAUCUGAGCCGUCACUGAGAAACUCAACACUGGUGGGAAAUCUGUUCAUUUGACUUGUUCCAGCUUUCAAAGAGCAGACUUUAUGUAACCAUUUCCUCAAAUGACAUCCCUAAGGGAUACUAGUUGAUCUUCUGGAAGCAUAAAUGAAUAAUAGUGAAACUGAGUGACUUUGAAAUACAAAACAAAAUAUAAAAUCGUCACAAAUCGUGCUUUUGUUUUUUGAAAAUUGUUGCGAUUUUUGUAUUGUCUGACACAAAGAAGUGGUCUAAACUGAAUGUUUUAUUGAAAAGUGCUGUGUGAAAACAUGUUUUUCUGAUGUUUACCUUGGGAUGAGGUCAGGGGGAUGUCAAGCCCUGAAAUUGCACUAUAUUUAAAUGUAUAAAAAAUAAAACAUUGUAUCUCCUA